AUGCGCAGGUGGCGCUGACAGAGGAAACAGCCGGGGAGUAGCUAGCUAGUCAAAUAGACUACGGUCAGAGAGAAGGAGCAAGGAAAAACAAGAGAAGACCAACAACCCGGGUUCAGCUGGGGUUUCUCGCCCUCAAAUCAAUUAUGCUCGUCUCGCCGUUGUUGCUUCAUCUCAGGUGUCCGCUUCCCGGUCGCUGAAUGGCGCUGGUUACCGUGCAGCGUUCACCGACCCCCAGCACCAGCUCCAGCCCCUGUGUUUCGGAGUCCGGUAGUGGGGAGGAUGACCGCCGCUCUCAGCCGAGGAGCAUUAGUGAAAGUUUCCUGACAGUUAAAGGAGCUGCUCUCUUCUUACCUCGAGGAAAUGGCUCCUCUCCCUCAUCUGCCUCUCGCUUCUCACAGCUGCGCAGCAAACAUGCAGGAGACAUCCAGCAGCAUCUGCAAACUAUGUUCACUCUCCUCAGACCAGAGGACAACAUCAAACUGGCGGUUCGUUUGGAGAGCGCUCACACUCCGAUCACCCGCUACAUGGUGGUGGUCUCAACCAAUGGUCGUCAGGACACGGAGGAGAGCGUGGUGCUGGGAAUGGAUUUCAGUCCUGUCGAUAGCUCAUGUUCUGUAGGGCUGGUUUUGCCCUUAUGGAGCGACACAUUGAUACAUCUGGAUGGAGAUGGGGGUUUCAGUGUGUCAACUGAUAGCAGAGUGCAUGUAUUCAAGCCGGUUUCUGUGCAGGCCAUGUGGUCGGCCCUCCAGUCACUCCAUAAAGCAUGCGAGGUGGCUCGUUGUCACAACUACUUCCCAGGCAGCUUGUUCCUCACCUGGGUCAGCUACUAUCAAAGCAGGGUCUACUCCGACCAGGCCCGCAUCAACGAGUGGAACACCAUGCAGGAUGUGCAGUCACACCGUGCCGAUUCGCCCGUGCUCUUCUCCGAUGCACCUACAGAAAGAGAGCUGACGGAGCGUCAGAUCAAAACCAGUUUGAGGGAGAUCAUGAUGCAGAAAGACCUUGAGAAUGUCACCUGCAAAGAGAUCCGAACAGAGCUGGAAAUGCACAUGACAUGCAACCUGCGAGAGUUCAAGGAGUACAUUGACAAUGAGAUGAUUGUCAUUCUGGGCCAGAUGGACAGUCCUACGGAGAUCUUUGAUCACGUCUUCUUGGGAUCUGAGUGGAAUGCAUCCAAUUUGGAGGAGUUGCAGAACAGUGGGGUUCAGUACAUCCUGAAUGUAACCAGGGAGAUUGAUAACUUCUUCCCCGGUGUGUUUGAGUACCACAACAUCCGUGUUUACGAUGAGGAGGCCACUGACCUGCUUGCUUAUUGGAAUGACACCUACAAGUUUAUAUCUAGAGCCAAGAAAGCAGGAUCUAAGUGCCUGGUGCACUGUAAAAUGGGUAUAAGUCGCUCUGCAGCCACAGUGAUUGCUUACGCCAUGAAGGAGCACGGCUGGGAUUUGAAAAAAGCCCUUGAUUACGUCAAGGAGCGUCGAGCUGUGACCAAACCUAAUCCCUCUUUUAUGAGACAGCUGGAGGAGUAUCAGGGCAUACUGCUUGCCAGCAAGCAGAGGCACAACAAACUGUGGCGUUCUCACUCUGACAGCGACCUGUCUGAGCACCAUGAGCCACUGUCUAAAUCUCAUGCCCAACCGCAUAGCCUGGGGCGCUCUGACGCCCAAUACCAGGCCAGCAGCACGUCUGAUCCCUCUGUGAAAGAACUGCUGGAUUCACUGGGAACUUCGACCACCACUGGCAAAGCAACACAUUCCACCAGCCAGCCUGAUACUGGCAUCCACUCCAAUCAACUCUGCUCUUCAUACUUUCAGGGGGUGGCAGCUCCAUCAGGUGAUGCUGAAGCUCGAAGCCUUAAGGCUCCUUCUCAUUCCGCUGAAGUCCAAAUCACCCAGUUGGACUCCCCCUGUCCCGAGCCCACAGCUGGCUCUGUGUCUCUGUUAUCUCCUCCACUCUCCAAUGGCUUAUGUGACUCUGAGGAGCAGCCCUCAUCACCUCCUCUCUUCCAGCCAAGGGCUGCCACUGUGGUGCCUGAACCUCAAAAGACAGACAUGGUGACUAUUGCACAAAGUGUUUUAGUGGGCCAGCCUCACCCGCCUCCAUCCUUUCACCACCUCCCCCCCUCCCCUGCCCCAUCCCCAACUCCAGUCUACAUGGAUGAGGUUAUCAAACCACAACUGUUGUCCUGCUCUCUGCCUGUGAUAAAACCGAUGCUAGUGUCAGUGCCUGAGCCCAUAACAACACCAAGCACACAAAAGGCUGGACCCCAAUGUCUGCCUGCAACAGUGCCUGUCAAAAAAACAGACUGUGACCAACAGAUGUGUGGCUUGUCUUUGGAUGGUUUAGCAGCACAUCCUCCCUUAACUAGUGAAUUAAUCAGCUACCCCAGUGCCAUUCCACAAGACGACGAGGUGUUGAUCGGCCACAGCGCAGAUCACAUUAACUUUUUCAGUGCCAGAGAAAAGUUCAAGGGAAUGAGUCAAGAUGAUAAAACUCACUGUGCUGCGGUGCAGCAGUCGCCCCAGCUCAAGAGUUGUGGCAAGGAACAACCACUGCCUCAGGAGGUUUCCACUAGUGAGGGGAAGGUAGAGGAGAAAAGAAAGGAAAUAACCAUCUCUGUGCAGGUCACAGGACUGAAGCCUGCAGUGCACGCAGAGCCUCAGGACCCCCAGGACCAGGAAGUGAGGAAGUUGAAGCAGGAAACGGAGGAUGGAGAUGUUUUAUCACAGAAGGAAGCUGAGAAUGUGAAAGAGGAAGUGAAAAACAAAGAGGAGGAGGAGGCAGCGCCUGCUCGUCUCUAUAGCGAUUGGACGAGGGGGUCCGUGCGGCGUGUCACACGACAGCUGGAGCAAAGAAUGAAACAAGAGCAUGAGACUGUGUCACCCUCCUCAUCUCCACCGUCCCUCUCCCGCAGCUCCUCCGGCUCUCAGCGGCGUCCGCCCAGCGUCCAUGCUGCGACAUUGUCAGAUCCACAGGAUGCUUCAAUUGGCUUGCAGGUGUCAGAAGUUAGCACUCUGCAGGAAGAGCAAGAGGAGGAUGAUGGGAAGUUUGGACCAGUUAAAAGGGAGAGUGGUGAUGUAGUUGAGAUGGGGUCACUAGGAAAUAAUACCGGAAGCACAAAAGGACACAAACUCCACUCUGCCGAUACUAGAUUGCUCUCUACCUCCUCUUCUUUCCACCGCUCUGUCCAUUCUCCCUUUGCCUCUGUGAACUUCCUGUGUUUGGAGGGUGUGACUGAGUUGGAGACGAGCACAGACUGGGACUACUCCACAGAGGGACCUCAUGGUGACGUUAUCAUGAGGGAGACGUGGGAGACAUUGUGCGAGCUGGGUGCCUUCCUGCAGCAGGUGAGCAUGGAUGGAGCCUGCAAGGCCAGAUGUGUGGACCAGGUUUUUGGCCUCAGUGCUGGAACCACUCGGAAGCGAGGAAGCGCUGGCUUGAAGAGGGUCAAAGAGGUGGAAGCAAGGAUUCGCCAGGCUGGACUGACCCCUCCAUCCCUGAUGAAGCGCUCAGCCUCUCUAGCCAAACUAGGCUGUCUGGAGCUGCUAGCCAAUGACCUUAGUGAGUGGGAGCUCAGCCGCUCCUCUGUAGCUCCGUCCUCGGCAGAACCUCCGAUCCACACAGCUAGCGAUGAGUCCAAGAAACAGCGCGUCCACAACUCUCCUUCCUCAGCCGGCCAGCAGCUAGAAGUCCUCGGGACAGAUGCGGAGAGGCUUUCUGACGCUGAAGAAACCUCACCAGGAGUCUCUCCACCAUCCAGUCCGCAGAGAGGACAACUCCCUAACUCUGACCAAGAAUCUCUGCAUUUACCUGGGCUGACAUUUACGGCAACAAAGCAGCAAUAUGGAAGGACUCACCCCCUGAGGCGGCUUAAGAAACGGACUGCUAGUACCCUCUACCACACCAUGUAACCCUCAUCAAGUGUGUCUGUAUGUGUGUAAGAGAGAGAGAGGGAUCAUGCACACGUGUGAGAAAUGUAAAUCAAGUGCAUAAUGUUGGAUUUAUUCAGCAAAAUAGACCAAUGCCUCUUGCCUUAAGGAUAUGUUAAGAAGUUUCUGUACAUUUUUUUCCUCUGUGAAAUCCGAGAUAUGAGAUACUUUUCUCAGUGCAAGAACAGUGACAAGGCUAUGAAGGGUCCGGUCAAUUGAAAUUAAAACUAGGAAUCAAAUUUGAAGUGCUGUGUAGUAUAUAAACUAUUUUAGGAGAAGUCAUUCAAAAAGCAGCAAAAACAAUCAUUCAAAUGAAUAACUUGUUUCAAAUGUUAAUAUGCCAGAGCAUGCACAUAUUCUCUCUUUACAUCAUUGCUGGUUCCACCAUCAUGAACUUGAUGAUUUACUUGAUCGUUGUUGGUUCAUUCAAUACUCUUGACCUGAUGUUAGGUGGAAGAUAGCCUCUGUUUUCCUUUUCUCAUGCUUUCAUGUCUCUUCAUCAAUAUUUGCUAGUUGUGCUGGGUAGCUGCCUUGAAAAUGAUACAGCUGGUGCAAUCUGACAAGUAAUUUAAUCUGACCAACAUCAGUUCAACAUCCAUACUUCUCAAACCUGCAGAUGUGGUUCAAAAUGGUCAUGUAAAGAUUAGUCUAUAUCCUUUGCGUUCCACUUCUGGGAUUGCUCCGGUGCUGCAGGAAAUUCCACUGGAUUCCAUUUCCUUCGGCUUUCUUUGCGUUAGAAUUUUAAAUUCGGUGGAUUUAUGAGGACUAUUGUUGACUGCUUCUCAGAUCUCUGCAUGGUAAAUUGAGACGGCUAACUAGACUAUCUGUCCAAUCUGAGUUUUCUCUCGCACGACUAUUUUGCAGCGGCUCUGUGCGGAGUUUAGCACCGCCCAUGACGAUUCUGAUUGGUUUAAAGAAAUGCCAUUAAACCAGAGCACGUUUUCCUCCCAUCCCCGAUUUGCUGUGUGGAGUAGCCAGAACCUCCUUUAGCGCGCUUUGGACGAGGGUCUGGCAAAGCGAGACUAUGUAAAGAUAAACUUAGUACAUAGUACUGACAAUACCAAUCAUGUCAUUUCUGCUGUCUGGAGACUGCUUUUAAACAUGGAUUGUGCUAACAGCAGCGCAUCUAAAGACAAAGAGCUCAGGUCGAACCACAGACACAACAGAUUAGUGUUUUCUCCCAAAGAGAGGUGUAUCCAGAGCUGGUGACCGGAACAUCAACUGAAAAUGGCUGCAUAGUUUUUUUUUUAUGUUUGUUUUGACUACACAAUACCUCAGUAAGUCUGAACCACAUCUGACCUGCACAAACUUCAGGCUCUGGAUUCCUGGAAUGUCUCCGUUGGUCAAAAACAAUUUCAACUUCUCUACUCGAUGAACUGAAAUAAACUCGUCUUUCAUGUCCUCUCACAGUUCUGAUGCCACUCAAACUAGACAUUUGAUGUAUGUAUUGCUGUGUGGGAGAAAAGGUAGGUUAGGGGAUUGGGAGUUAAAGGCAGAGUGUAUAUUUGUGAGUUUUCUGCUAUGUUCUCUUUGGGAUGUAAAGGUCUAUAUUGUGCGUGUUGACAUUUUAGGAACUGUAUAUGUUUUUAUAUCUGGUUUGUGUCUGUGUGCGAGUGUGACUGUAGCACAACUUCACCAUGUGGGUAUGUACUUUUCGUUUUUUUAAUAAUCUCUUUUGUACACAUUUUAGGAGUGUGCCUGUGACUGGCAAGUGAAGCUGCUCUGCAGUCUAUCAGAAAUUUCUGUACAGGGAGGUCUGUCAUACAUGCACUUUACUCCCUUUUUAAUUUUAAUGUGGCUUUUUUUUAAUGUAUGGUUGCUACUUUUGGGGAGCAUGCUUAGUAGCAGCUGUUGGGUAUGCUGAUGUAUUGUCAAAAACUGGUUUUCCUUUGGGGUUUUUUUAUUUUAAACUAUCAGUGUAAAUAUUCUUUUAUAUAAUGUGCUUCAACUGUGACCAUUAAACAAUGGAAAUCAUUGAGUCUGUUUUGCUGUGAGUCUGUGUACAGUAAUGUAAAGGUCAUGACAUAACUGAUGGAUUAAACAAACGAUGCGUU